UUAUCAGCAAUGACAAGUAAAGAAAUUGAGCAACCUACCAAAAAGACGGUUAAUAAUUAUGAAGACAUGGAGAGAGAUCUAUUGUCAAUGAAGCAACAGUUAGCUGAGAAGGAGAAACAAGUACAAGAACUUGAAAUGAAAUUACAAACAAAACAAGAGAAAGAACAUAUACAUAUAUUACCAACAGAGUCUGUUGAUGAAUUGAAUAAGAAGUUAGAGACACAAUAUGCACUUAGUAGAAGAAAGACAAUGGAGAUUGAGGACUUAAAGGCUACCAUGGAACAAAAAGAUGAAAAGAUGAUUGAUACUGAGAAAGAGUUAACAUCAUUGAAGGAACUUUCAGAGACUAGACUACAAGAAAUAGAACAACUGAAACUGAAACUUGAAGACAAUAACAGCAAGAGAUUACAAGUACCAGUUGAAGAGACAUCAGAGACAAUUAAAGAUGAAUCAUCUGAUGAUGUCAUAUCAAGUAAUAAAGACAUUGAAAUGAAACCUGAUGAUAAAUCACUAACAGUAAAUUUACAAGAGGAUGGAAAGGUGGAGUGGAGUCAGGAUGAUGUACAACUCACUAGUCCAUCAGUAGAUCAAUGUAAGGAGGUAAUCAGUAAACUGAAGGAGGAACAUACAAGCAUUAUACUCCAACUCUCAUCAUCUGACAGUAUACAGGUCCUAAUACCAACUGUAUUGGAGAGAGGAACAAUAAAUCAACUUGCUAUAUACUACUCCUCAUUAUUACGUGAUGAUGUCCUCUCAUUCUCUUCUCAACUAUCAACCAACAAAUCAUUAAUAAUUCUACAACUAACUCAUGGUUCAAUGAGUGAUGAUGGAGUCAUUGCACUAGCACAAUCACUACAAUAUAAUAAAACACUUCAAUCCUUAGAUCUUGGUUACAAUCCUGGCAUCACUUCAGCUUGUGCGCAGUCACUGGCUGAACUUUUACUCACUAACAACACACUCAAUGGACUUUCUCUCCACCAUACUAACAUUGAAACUGAUGGAGUAAUGAUACUAAUAGAAUCACUCAAGACCUAUAAUACACUAAUGAUACUCAGACUAGACGAACAACAUGAAGAAACUUGUUCUUCUUUACCUUAUUAUGAGCAUAUUAAAGACAGAUUGGUUUUUGUGGAAUGAUAAGAAAAUCUAAAUUUUAUAUUAGAUUCACCUUGCUGUACUGUAUAGUUUCUUUGAAUUUUAUUUUAUUUUUUAGCAAAUCUUGCUAAUAUCUAUGCUAAA